AUGCCGGAGACGGAGAGUCACUACCAGCGCGCAGGUUACACCCAGCCAAUGGAGGAUGGAGGUGGCGAUGACGACAACAGCCGAGAAACCAACCAACACCAACGGCGCCCCGAUGACCACCUCUCCUGGUUUGUUCUGAUGCUGACCGUCACCUCCGCGCUAGGCGGGUUCCUGUUCGGCUACGACACGGGUGUGGUGUCGGGCGCGAUGCUCCUGAUCAAGCAGGACUUCAGCCUGAGCGACUGGCAGGAGGAGGUGAUCGUGAGCGUGACCAUCGUGGCGGCGGUGACAGCCGCGGUGGCCGGCGGCCCGGCGAUGGAGCGGUGGGGGCGGCGCCCGGUCAUCCUGCUGGCGGCGGUCGUCUUCACGGUCGGGGCGGUGAUGCUCGCCGCGGCGACGUCGUACAGCACCUUGGUGGGCGGCAGGCUUGUCGUGGGCGUGGGGAUAGGUUUGGCGAGCCUGACUACGCCCGUGUACAUCGCGGAGGCCUCCCCCAGCCGCAUCCGCGGUAAGCUGGUGACCCUCAACACGCUCUUCAUCACCGUGGGGCAGGUGGUGGCCGGCAUCGUGGACGGCCUCUUCUCCGACACGGACGGCGGGUGGAGGUACAUGCUCGGGCUCUCCGGAGUGCCGAGCUUCCUCAUGACCAUGGGAUUCCUAUCCGGCGCAUUGCCCGAAUCACCGCGCUGGCUAGUGUCCGCCGGGCGGCGGAGGGAAGCGAUGGAGGUGUUGCAGAAGAUUCGCGGUACCGGCGACGUGCACGCGGAGCUGGAGGAGAUGGUGGACUCUGCCACGGACAAGCACUCGGGCGGCCUGAAGGCGAGCGUGACCGUGAGGGGACUGCUCGAGGACCCGCGGAUCAGGAGGGCCUUGAUACUGGGGUGCGGGCUGCAGCUGCUGCAGCAGCUGUGCGGCAUCAACACGGUCAUGUACUACUCCGCCUCGAUCUUCAGCAUGGCGGGGUUCUCCGACGACGCGUCGAUCUGGCUGGCGGCGGUGACGGCGGCGGCGCAGUCGGUCGGCGUUUGCAUAGGCAUCUACUUCAUCGAGAAGUGCGGACGCCGCACCCUGGCGCUAACCUCCCUCGGCAUGGUCUCGACGGCCUUGGUGCUGCUGGGGCUAGGCUUCCACCUCUACGACGAUGCGGUGGCCGUCGACGAAUCGGCUUUGGCGAAAAGGUACGCCUACAUGGUCGUCGGGACGAUGAUGGCCUACCUCUUCACCUUCGGGGUGGGGAUGUCGAGCCUCCCCUGGACGGUCAACGCGGAGAUCUACCCGAACCACGCGCGCUCCCUGGGCACGUCCGCGUCGACGACCGUCAACUGGCUCGGCAACGUGGUCGUGAGCGCGACGUUCCUCACCCUCGCCUCCGACGCCGCCCUGGGCAAGGACGGCGCGUUCUGGCUGUACGCCUCGAUCGCCGUGGCCGGCUGGGUGUGGCUCUUCUGCUCAAUGCCGGAGACCAAAGGGCUGCCUCUCGAAGAGAUCGAGCUCCUGUUCGCCCGCGAGGGGGACCCGUGGAGGCCUGGUGACCAGGGGGGGGGGGGGGGCAGCCCGACGACCUCGGCCGGGGUCGCGCUCAGCAGAGGCGGUGGCGGCGGGUUCGUUUUGCUUGAUGGAGACGGGGGCGGGAGUCCUCCGAGAAGGGGGCCGCAAGCGGACGGACGGGGCUGGAUCGAUCCGAACGUUGGUGGCGGUGAACGUGUCGGGAGCACUUCGAAUCUGACGUAGUCGAAGCCUCGUCGGGAGUCGUUGGCCAUAGCCUCGAAGGAUUGAUGUUGUCACUACAGUAUUAUGCUGCUGGGAUGAAACAAAGAAAGAAAACACAGUAGUGGCGAUUCUUUCUUGUAGUCAGCGUUUAGAUACACGUGAUACGCGAGAAGGAUUUACGGGUAUGCCUUUGUGUGCUGUUGUUGGUUGUGUGGGUGGUUCUUGGCGCGGCAUUCUUGUCGAAUGUGUGCCAUGGUACUACUCCUGUACAUUGUAUCGAGUUGCGGGUGCCGACCAGAGUUCACAUAUCGAUAUUAACGCUCUCGGCCCGAUUCACGCCUCGUUUUUUUUUUUUUUUUACCCGAGGAUGACACGUUUUUAGCGCUAGUUGACGUUUCUAAACCGAGGAUCCCAUAUAAAUGUAUUUUAGCUAGACUCCCUUGCAGCGGUGAGAAGAAAUUUGCGGAGGGGGAAGACGAGAGACCUGGGCUACCCCUGCGAUUGUUGUGGUAUCGGGUCAACGAUUAGUAGUUUGUACUGGUUAAUAGAUUUGCCACAGAGGCAACUAAUGUAUCACCACCACUGCUGUCGGCAGCAUCAUUACCACCAAGGGUUUAGAUGCUGUUAAUUCCCCGCACGAGUUUGUUCGUGUUUUCCCUGAAUAUUUCGCACGCGGCAGACUCUGCCUGUCCUUGUCAGUUUGUCAAAACACGUGUUUUCGUAUGUGUUCCGGCUUUUUGCGAGUUUGUGAUUGCUGGCGGCAGGCGAUAGGCGGGUAUUUCGAGAGGGAGGCCCAUUGCUCCCUCGGUGUACAAUCGGUAAUCCGCGGGUAACCCUGUGCGAUUUCGGUGUCGUUUGCUUUGUCU